AUGUCUUUUCAUUCAGAUCUGAACAAUCUCGAAGCUCAGGAGGAUGUAGGCCUCCCUGCAGAAGGCGACGUGUCGAAACCGAGGUCUUGGUCGACAGUAUGGCAACGUUCCACAGAUACCACACAUCGAUCUUUUAGCCUGCCUUCCCUGAAACGUAAAGCAGUCACUGAGAGUAUGCCUUUGGAUAUCCGUCUCCAAGCGAUGGCACUGCUCUUUGGGCUCGGGAAUACACACGCACAACAUUGGCCAGGAAUACAUGUUGUCUGCAGUCGGUUGGAGAAAAAGUUUGAAGUCUUACUACGCGAGGACUUCAACGUCAUCUGGAAAAUCUUGAAGCAAGAGAAGCCAACGGAAGCUCUUGAAGGCUGGCACUGGUGCCUCGCAGUGCUCCGAGGGUUUCAGACUCUACAAGCGGAUGAAAGUGUAAGUAUGGAGAACAUCUACCAGCAUUUGAUCAAACCCAGAUCAGCCGAAUUCAGUGAUUCCGAGAAGGACUGCACUCUUAUUGCAAUCUUUGCAGUACUUUGCUGGACAUCCAUGACGCUAGAUCCGGACCUGGAGCUGUAUCAGACCAAUAAGUCGACGGGAAACAAUCGACACUUGUCUUUCCGCGCGAAAGGAGUCAGCAGGGCAGAUGAUCCUUCCAAGAUCUCCCUUAGCCAAACUGUCAGACGGCCCAUCACAAAGCUCUUCCGUAGUUUGAGGGGUACAUUUAGGGAUUUUGGGCAUGUUGGAACAGCAGCUGGAGCCACAGAUACAGAUACGCUUCACGAAUCGUGUGUCAACUUCUUCUCGCUGUAUACAAUAAGUCGGGUGCGGGUGAAGUGGGUCGAGGACCUGACAUCUCAUCUUGCUUUCGAUCGACAAUCCCGAACACUUUCCGUGUUCUGCUUGCCAACGUUCUGCGUUAGUAGCAUUCUACGGACACAGGAAAUCAAAGUUCUUCAGCAGGUUUCAUCUGAACUUUUCCCCUCAAAUUAUUAUACAGACAGCUUUGACCAGGACAACUCAUCCCUCCACCGCGAGGUACUACUCUCAUACCGUCUACUCUUCGGCCAGUCCUCACGCUCCCGAGCCCUGUCGUUAGAUCUCGUCGAACAGCUCAAAAAGUCUUCCGAUGACAUCGACCCAUUCCUCCCCACCAUCUGCAGCACCUCAACCACACAAUCCCGCUUCCUCCGCCGCUUCACGAAGCCUAGGAUCCCAGCCGAACUAUUACCAGCCUCCAACCUCGACCUCGACAACAUUCCCAUCGAGUCCGACACCUAUUCCUCUCGAGACGACUUCCCGUAUUUCGGACCCCGUCUCCUGGCGUUGCAGCAGUAUAACCUGAGGCAGCAGCCGAGUCGAGUUAGAGAUCUGUGGUGGGAUCGGAGGAACCCGUUGCAAUGGUACACGUUUUGGGCUGUGUUGUGGGUGGGUGGGAUUUCUAUCGUUUUGAGUAUUUUCCAGCUUGUUGCAGCCGUCGUGCAGGCGUACUAUGCUGCACCGAAAUGAUUUCGUGGAGAAGAGGCUACUAGGCUACAGAGAAUUCAAGUGAUGCCAAGAGUUCUUCAAGUUGCUUCUUAGAGCAUGAAUGCGGGCGAAGUUGCUUCUCAAAAGGGUUAGCUGAAUCCAAUCCAAUAUUAGUGCCAGUCUACGGCCGAUGCAUGAGCUAGCAGCCAAGGUCCCGAGGCUGCAGAAGUAGAGAG